AUGUCGAAAUCUACGAAAUUACUUACAAAGCUAUCGGAGGCUCUCGAGUCAAACGAGAGUCUGAGAAAGGAAGCCUUGAAGUCCCUGAACUCGCUGGUGUCAUUUGAGAUCAACGACAAAAAGACGGGUGAGACUCAAUAUUGGGUUUUGGAUGCCAAGUCAGAUGGAACGUUGAAGAAGACAGACAAGGUGGCAGACGAUGCCGAGAUAAAGAUCAAGAUUGGCGACUUACAACUUCGCAAACUUAUAGACGGGAAGGCCAGCGCUCAAAAGUUGUUCAUGACAGGUAAGCUCAAGAUCAAGGGUAACGUCAUGAAGGCUGCCAAUGUAGAGAAGUUACUCAAGUUUGUUGGUCCGGAAAAGGCCAAGCUUUAA